AUGAAAAAGCUUCUGGUGCUGGUUGCAGUAUUCAUCUCACCAAUAUACGCUGUACCAAUUGUGAACGGGUUUUCAAAGCCAACCGAGCCAAACUUGGGUGCUUUUCCCUUUCACGCAAGUCUAAUGCAACUGCUCAAUGACAACAAAACAUAUCACAGUUUCUGUGGUGGCAGCCUCAUUCACCCCAUGUGGAUUCUAACUGCAGCGCACUGCAUACAAAUAGACGCGAGGGAAGCCGCAAUGAAACCAUCGCAGGUGCAUGUAGCACUUGGAAGCAUAUUUCGAUCGGCGAAUGGAGCACAAGUUGUUAGGGUCUCAUUGCUCACCAUCCAUCCGGCGUACCUGAAGACCGGAAAGAGUGACAUUGGGCUGGUAAAGUUAGUGAGCGCCGCUAAAUUAAGUAAAAAUGUUAACUUGGUGCGACUCCACAUCAACAACUCGGAGAAGUUAGUCGGAAAAACAGCGUUUCUUACCGGAUUUGGGAUUAUUGAUGAUUUGUACAACACACCGGAACGAUUACGCAAGGCGACUCUGCACGUCAGCUCAUACAAGGACUGUUUUAAUGACAAGGAGGACGACAACCUGGAAAUAUGUGCAACCUCAACGAUUCGGGAGGGAAAAGCUUGUAAGGUCUCAAUCUCAACAAUUGCUUCCAUUGGAACUGCGAAAACCACAAGUUGCGGCCUUCAAAAGGGAAAUUAA